GCAAGUUCGCGAAGCGCAUGGAAGACCUCGUGGCCCGCUUCGACGCGCUCUGCGCACGCGUGGACGCGGACACGCGCUGCGCCUUCCUGCGCUCGAUCGAGGUCCUCGACCGCGCGAUUGACAUUCUCGGCCUCGACAAGAUCUGCUUCAGCUUCAACGGCGGGAAGGACUCGACGGUCGUGCUGCACCUGCUGCGGAUCGCGGUCGCCAAGCGCGUGCUGGCCUCGCUCGCGCGCACGCAGCAGCCGCCCGAGGCCUUUGAGGCCGCGUACCACGCGGCCAUGCAGCGUAUGCCCGUGCUGUACUUUCACACGACGGACCAGUUUGCCGAAGUCAACGACUUUAUCUCGCACUGCAUUGCGACGUACGGCCUCCAAUGCGGCGUCCAGGCCUGCUCGUUCAUGGAGGGUAUCCAGAACAUCAUGGACAAACGGGGGGUCCAAGCAUUCACGAUGGGCGUGCGCAAGGGCGACCCGUUCACAGACGACCUCGAGCACUUUGCGCCGAGCUCCAAGGGCUGGCCCGCCUUCUUCCGCGUCAACCCGAUCUUGCUCUGGAAGUACGAGUAUGUCUGGGUCUUUCUCCAAGAACUGCAGCUCGAGUAUUGCUCUUUGUACGACCAAGGGUACACGUCGCUGGGUAGCAUUCACAACACGGUGCGCAACCCCGCGCUUGCCGUGACCGAUGCCACGGGCAGUGUAAGCUACCUGCCAGCCUACCGUCUCCAAGACGGCAGCUCCGAGCGCUGUGGUCGCGGCCGCGUCUGCACCAAGUGAUAGUGAUAGAAGUACAUAGUCCGCGUAGACGUCUCUAGCCUUGUCGUAUAUGCCCUAAACCCAUCGACACGAGACUCCCAAC